AUGGGUAAAAAAAGUAAAAAUGCAGUGGAACAUGCUAAAACUGUGAUUCCUGCAGAGCAAUUGGAACCUCAAGAUGCGCCAUCGACCAAGAAGAAAAGCAAAAAGCAUUCGUCUGCCCCAAUUGAUGCACCGGUAGUAACGAAUGGCACCGAUUUGAACGGUACUAAAAAGGACAAGAAAAAGAAAAACAAAGAAUUACCGGCAUCCGAUGAGAACAAUUAUGCUGUGGGAGAAACUGUAGAAACAGUUGGCGAAAAUUCUGCGCAAGAGAAGAAAUUCAAAAACAAAAAGAAAAGAGACCACCAGGAUCCCGCUGAAGAAGGCGCGCAAAACCAUGCUACGGUUGAGAAUGGAAAUGGUGUGGAAAUGAAGUCAAGAAAGAAAAAGAAAAAUGACCAGCCCACAGAUGCCACGGAAGAGGAUGAACAACUCAUCUCGUUUAAAAAACCCAGUAAAAAACGUUCCGCUGAGUCGGAAAAUUUAGAAGAAAAAGACGAUGUACCACCGGUGAAGCUUUCCAAAGCGGAUAAUGACACCAUAACGGCUGGCACAACGAUUGAUCAGAUCACCGGUAUCAAGCUGAAGAACAAAAAAGGUAAACGGGCAAAGAGGCGUGAAAAGCAGGCCUUGCAGGUUGAGGAGAACAGGCAAAAAUCGAAGAAAAAGGAUCGGGACGAAAUGGAGAAGUAUCUGCAGUGUUGGAGCACCGAUCGGGCCAAAUGGAAGUUUCACAAACAGACACAGAUACACAUUCAGACGCACGUGUUUGACGAGGUGGAGAUUAAUGCCGAUUUGUGGCCAAUUGCGCUAGAGUAUUUGAGUGGAGCGAAGGGUAGCAGUAAGGAAUUGCUGGUGAAAAGUGCCAAAAGCAUUAUCAAGGAUGCAGAUGCGAAGGCAGCUGCUGCCGAUGGUGACGAAACCUGGCAGGCCAGUAGCAAGUACGAGCGUGCGAGGGAACUGUUGCAGUUUAUGGGAUAGAAAUAUGAGAUAACGUGAAA